AUAACAUAAAGAUUUUAAGUAUUUCAUAACAAGUAUACACCCAACAAAGCCAGGAGCCAACAAGUGUUAUCUCUUUCCCCAUACCUUCUUCUACCUUCAAUGGCUACAAUAUCCAUGGCUUCUUCUUUACUCAACACUCUCUGUUCUUCCACUUCAAACCGACGUCGUAUUCUACCUUUAGCACCACCUCUUUCCCUCUCUCGUUCUCGUAGAAGGUUAACUAUCAGAGCAACGGAGACAGAUGCUAAUGAAGUUAAAGCUAAGGCACCAGAGAAGGCGCCGGCGGCCAGUGGAUCAGGGUUUAAUCAACUUCUUGGCAUCAAAGGGGCUAAGCAAGAAACUGAUAUUUGGAAGAUUCGUCUUCAACUUACGAAACCCGUUACCUGGCCUCCAUUAAUCUGGGGAGUAGUCUGUGGAGCCGCUGCUUCUGGUAACUUCCAGUGGACUGUGGAAGAUGUUGCUAAAUCAAUUGUUUGCAUGUUAAUGUCCGGUCCCUUUCUAACAGGUUACACACAGACAAUCAACGAUUGGUACGAUAGAGAGAUUGAUGCUAUUAAUGAACCUUACCGUCCAAUUCCUUCUGGAGCGAUAUCUGAAAACGAGGUCAUUACUCAAAUUUGGGUGCUUCUUUUAGGAGGCAUUGGAUUGGCUGGUAUAUUGGAUGUGUGGGCAGGGCAUAACUACCCUACAAUAUUCUAUCUUGCUUUGGGUGGAUCGUUGUUAUCUUAUAUCUACUCAGCUCCACCUUUAAAGCUCAAACAAAAUGGAUGGAUUGGCAACUUUGCACUAGGAGCAAGCUAUAUUAGUUUACCAUGGUGGGCUGGUCAAGCAUUGUUUGGAACCCUUACGCCUGACAUUGUAGUUCUCACAUUAUUGUACAGCAUAGCCGGGCUUGGUAUUGCGAUAGUAAAUGACUUCAAAAGUGUGGAAGGAGACAGAAAGAUGGGGCUUCAGUCACUUCCGGUGGCUUUUGGUGAAGAGACAGCUAAAUGGAUAUGUGUUGGUGCCAUAGACAUAACUCAACUCUCUGUAGCAGGUUACCUUUUAGGAGCUGGUAAACCAUAUUAUGCCGCAGCACUUGUCGGUUUAAUUGCUCCACAAGUCUUUUUUCAGUUCAAGUACUUCCUCAAAGAUCCAGUAAAAUACGAUGUCAAGUACCAGGCUAGUGCACAACCAUUUCUGAUUCUUGGUCUUCUGGUGACUGCCUUAGCUACUAGUCACUGAUAUACAGUUUGAAAGUUGUAACAAAAUGACUAGAAAAGGUGGCCAGUCCCACCUACAAAAGGCGGAAGUUCCACACAAGGUUGGCAGUUUUGCUCCGCUAGUUUUUUUUUUAUUAUUGUUGUUGAAAUUUCUGUGUUUCUAUGCGUCCAAGUCAUUUGUGCGCUUGGUGCGAGAUAAGAUGAUAAUUGUUGUAAAUAUAGGACUAUUUGACAAUAAACUUAUGUUUACUACUUAUUUUGAUAUGAAAUCAUUUAGACUAA